GAAUAAACCCUCACAAGAUUCUCAUUUGCUUUAUUCAUCUCUGUUUCCGGUCCCUUCUCUUUCUUCACCAACAUUUCUCAUUUUAAAUUAAUCUCUCCUCAAAUCCACUGCCGGACAAAGUUCAGGGUAGCGCCGGCGACUGUUUACGGAAAAUUUACAGCACCAAGAUUAUGACGGCAGUUGAUGGACUUGUGCCCAUAACCAGGACUUUUUUGGCUUCUUAUUAUGACAAAUAUCCAUUUUCACCUCUCUCCGACGAUGUAUCUCUUCUGUGCGAUGAAAUCCGGUCAAUAGCGCGUGAUCUGCAACAUGAUCCUCCCUUGAGCGAAGGAGAAAGCUUAUUGGUGCGAGAAGCAGAUAGUAUCCCACCUCACAAAAUUGAUGAGAACAUGUGGAAAAAUCGAGAACAUAUUGAAGAAAUUAUUUUGUUGCUGGAAAGAUCCAAUUGGCCUACAAUGCUUCAGCAACAGUCAACGGCUCAACAAACUGAACUUGGAUAUGUCCUCUCACGAUUAAAAGGAAAACUUGAAAAUACUCUGAAGCUAUUGGAAACUUUCCAAGCUAAGAAUUCUGAACAUGUAUUCAACACAGUCAUGACUUACCUGCCUCAAGACUUCCGAGGUACACUAAUUAGACAACAGAAAGAGCGCUCUGAGAGAAAUAAAAAAGCUGCAGUUGAUGCUAUAGUUAACUCUGGUGGAAGUAUUCAGGAACGGUAUGCAUUGUUGUGGAAGCAACAGAUGGAAAGACGGACACAAUUAGCUCAGCUUGGUUCGGCAACAGGUGUUUAUAAGACUCUGGUGAAGUACUUAGUAGGAGUGCCACAAGUGUUAUUGGAUUUCGUUCGGCGGAUAAAUGAUGAUGAAGGGCCCAUGGAAGAACAGCGAAGUCGUUAUGGUCCUCCUCUGUACAGCCUUACCAAAAUGGUGCUUAAUAUUCGACUCUUUCUAUCUCUUCUGUGGAAGCACUUUGAAGCAGGAAACCCGCACUUGAAUAAAAUAUAUAUUUUUGAGAAAGCCGUGGAUGUCUAUACAUCUGAAUUUGAAAGAUUCAUCAAGUUUAUCGGUGUGGUGUUUACAAACUCUCCAUUUUUUAUUACUGCCGAGGAUUCUGGCGCAUCAGAAGCCAGUAAAGACGAGGAGUACCAGGAAACAAGUGUCCCAGCAGGAAAAACUCAUGAGGUUUCGUUAAAGGUUGAAGAUAUAAAUUCAUAUAUUGCUUGGGAUUUCUCUUUGGUUCAAGGAAGAAUGAAUUUGGAUAUUGGUUUUAGCAUGGAGUGUGAAGAUAUUUCAGGACAGAAAAGGCCAAUUUUACCUUACAGACGCUAUGAAUCUGACCAAGGUAACUUCUGCACAUGCAUGCCUGGAAAUUACAAGCUCAUAUGGGACAAUUCAUACUCUUCGUUCUUCAGUAAGGUCCUGCGUUACAAGGUGGACUGUAUUCCUCCAGUUGCGGAGCAGCUGGCUGUGCCCGAUCCAUCGCAAGGAGUAGUCGAGUAGAAGGCUGAAAGCAUCUCUAGAUUGUGUGAAGGGUGUUACUAAUACUUUUGUUGUGACAAAGUUGCAUAGUGAAACUUCAUACUUGUAAAACCACUCACAUCCAUUUCUGUGUUGCCUGUGGGGUCACUUGUAUUUUUUUGUAAAUUGUAAUCAUUUUAUUCAGAUUGAGGUAAACUUUUUAGAAUCAUUAUUUUUUUCUGUACCAAGGUAUCAAACAAGGCUGUCAUAUGAUAUAUCUCGUAUCUGGUCAGAUCAA